UCAUCCCUGUGUGUCUCCAGAGUGCCGCUCAAAGUGGAGCAGGCCAACAACGCCCGGGACGCGCUGGCGAAGGCCGUGUACAGCUGCCUGUUCGACCACGUGGUGACGAGGGCCAACCAGUGCUUCCCCUUCGAAUCCUCCGCCAACUUCAUCGGCGUCCUGGACAUCGCCGGCUUCGAGUACUUUGAACACAACAGCUUCGAGCAGUUCUGCAUCAACUACUGCAACGAGAAGCUGCAGCAGUUCUUCAACGAGCGCAUCCUGAAGGAGGAGCAAGAGCUGUACCAGCGGGAGGGGCUCGGAGUCAACGAGGUUCACUACGUCGACAAUCAGGACUGCAUAGACCUGGUGGAGGCGAAGAUGGUCGGCAUCCUGGACAUCCUGGACGAAGAGAACAGGCUACCUCAACCCAGCGACCAGCACUUCACCGACACCGUUCACAACAAACACAAGAACCACUUCCGCCUCACCGUACCCAGGAAGUCUAAGCUGGCCGUCCACAGGAACGUGAGGGAUGAUGAAGGAUUUAUUAUCAGACACUUUGCAGGAGCCGUGUGCUACGAGACGACCAAGUUUGUGGAGAAGAACAACGACGCCCUGCACAUGUCUCUGGAGUGUCUGGUCAGCGAGUCCAAGGACCGCUUCGUCCGCGAACUCUUCGAGAACUCCAACAACAGCAAAGACGUGAAGCAGAAAGCGGGAAAACUCGGCUUCAUCAGCGUCGGCAACAAGUUCAGGACUCAGCUGAAUAUUCUCCUGGAGAAGCUGCGCAGCACGGGCUCCAGCUUCAUCCGCUGCAUCAAGCCGAACCUGAAGAUGAUCAGCCACCAGUUUGAAGGAGCUCAGAUUCUCUCCCAGCUGCAGUGCUCCGGUAUGGUGUCGGUGUUGGACCUGAUGCAGGGCGGCUUCCCCUCCAGGGCUCCCUUCCACGAACUCUACAACAUGUACCAGCAGUACAUGCCUCCGAAACUCACCCGCCUCGACCCGCGGCUCUUCUGCAAGGCUUUAUUCAAAGCUCUGGGACUGAAUGAGAACGACUACAAGUUCGGUCUGACCAGAGUGUUUUUCCGGCCCGGCAAGUUUAAAGAGUUUGACCAGAUCAUGAAGUCGGACCCGGACCACCUGGCGGAGCUGGUGAAGAAGGUCAACAAGUGGCUCCUCCACAGCCGCUGGAAGAAGGUCCAGUGGUGCGCUCUGUCCGUCAUCAAACUGAAGAACAAGAUUGUGUAUCGAACCAGCGCCUGUAUCAAGAUGCAGAAGACGGUUCGGAUGUGGCUCUGCAGGAAGAAGCACAAACCUCGGAUCGACGGGUUGGUGAAGGUGCGUAACCUGAAGAAGAGGAUGGGUCGCUUCAACGAGGUGGUGGCCGGGCUGAAGGAGGGCAAGCAGGAGAUGAGCAAGCAGAUCCAGGGUCUGGAGACCGCCAUCGACUCCCUGAUGGUCCAGAUCAAGCGCACCGUCAUGACCCGGAUCGACAUCGACCACGAGUACCAGGCCCUGGUGACCCGGUCGGAGCAGCUGCUCAUCGCCAUGCAGAACAAGAAGAAGGAGGAGGAGGAGCGCGAGAGGCUGCGACGCAUCGAGGAGGAGAUGGAGCGGGAGAAGAAGAGGAGGGAGGAGGACGAGCAGCGCCGCAAGCAGGACGACGACGACCGGAAGCUGAAAUCCGAGAUGGAGCAGAAGAGGAAGCAGGAAGCCCAUCUGCUGGCGUGGCUGAGGCCCGGUUCCAGUGGAUCCCCGGGGCGGGGCGCCGACCCGGCCGGAUCAGGGGCAGAUUUUAGUGGCGAGCGGCGGCCGUUUGGAUCAAAGCUGCUGGCCGGCAUGGAGAUGGAGUUGCAGCUGCAGGCGGAGCGGGAGGAGGACGCCUCUCGGCAGACCGUCCUGGAGCAGGAGAGGAGGGACAGGGAGCUGGCGCUGAGGAUCGCCCAGAGCGAGUCGGAGCUCAUCCCAGAGGAGGUGCAGAACGACGCCGGCCUGCGCAGAGGUCCACAGGUCCAGGCCACCAAGGCUGCUGCCGGGGCCAAGAAGUACGAGCUGAGCAAGUGGAAGUACGCCGAGCUGCGGGACGCCAUCAAUACCUCGUGUGGUGAGUGUCGCCGAGUCAUCGCCAACAUGGCGGCGAUGGAAUUUACCCCAAAAUAA